UAUGCUGAUUUGCUGCUCAACUAACAUUUAUGAUUAUUAGCAAUGAAAACAGCUGUGCAGCCCAAUAUUUUUGUGGAAACUGUCAUACAUUUUAUUUUUCAGGAUUCACAGAUGAAUAGAAUAUUCAAAAGAACAGCAUUUUGUAACAUUAUAAAUGCCUUUACUGACACUUCCGGACAAUUUAAUGCAUCCCUGAUGAAUAAAAGUAUUAAUUUCUUUAACAAUCUUACUGACCCCAAACUUUGAACAUUAGUGUUUGAUACUCAUAUGCACAGAUCAGUAACCACAACAAUAUUUUCCAUUGGGAAAAGCAGGAUUUCUAGUGCUUUUGGACUGUUACAUAUCCUAUUUUGGCAAUCAGGGAAGAAAGGGUUCGUCUGAUUAGCUGAAGUAGAUGUGUGUCACAAGUCUGUUAAUCCCCGCAAACUAUUCCUUCAAACAAAGAGCUCAGUUUUUCUGAAGAUUGUGCAAAUCCGAGCAAUCAGGUUAUGAUCCUGAGCUGUGAACGUCUCGGUUUGAGCUCAGUUGAGCUGGAGAAGGUCCAGGAGCAUUGGCGGUGAUUCAUUCUGGAGGUUUUUCUGUUCAGUUUGAUUCUGGAAGUACUGCUUUCAGGCUGGAAGUAGCUAAAUCAGGCACUAUGCUUAGUUGAAGUUUGCAAAGCUAGCUAAGAAGCGAGUUCCUUCUGCAGAUAUUUGUCUGUUAGUAGAGAGCGUUCGCCCACAUCUCGUCCUCCGCUUCCCGUGUUGCGGCAUUGGCCCAGGCACGCUGCCCUCCUCCGUCCCCUCUUCCUGUGGCAGGAUGCUGGGCUGCGCUGACGUUCCUGUGCGGAGCGUUCUGGCUCUGAUGUGUUUACACGCCGAGGAGCUCACAGGCUCUCGACGCGGCCAGCUGCUGCUUCCUGCCCUCCGCGGGACCAGCGGCACCAAGAACCAGACCAGGAUGCCGUGGGGGAAAAGCAUGGGUCAGUCGCGGCUGCUGGGCAAAACGGCUGGACGCGCUCCUGCCAGGGACUGCAGCCUCACCGCGAUGAAUGUUGAGUCCUGGGCGGACCCUCGGGACCCGCAGCCGGACUCACCUGACCUCCCGACCCCGCAGCAGCCCGACAGGUUGUGUCUGGAGUCCUUCUGGAGUGAAGUGGAGACCAUACGGAGCGACUCGGAGCCGGACAGCAGCAGGCGAGAUUCCCGACAGUCUGAAGACGGCGAGCAGGAGGAGCUCUGGCUGCAGGAUGCUGGUUUGUCUCCACUGGUAACAGGUGAAGAAGAGGACGUCGAUAAAGCGGUCCUGUUGUCGACUCUCACUAAGACUCAAGCGGCGGCGGUUCAGAGACGCAUCGACUCAUACACCUGCUCGCUACGCAAGAGGAACAAAACGCCACCGCGACACGUCAGAGACAUCUUUGCUUCCCCCAUUGCUCAGUCAGCAGUUCCUGAGACACACAACAGCGAACCUGACACACACAGAAACAUGGAGAGUGUGACAAAGACGCAACGAUCAGCUGUGAGUGGUCAGGAGACUCAAGGGCUGCAGAUGGACGAGAUUUUUAUCACAGACGUGGCGUAUUGUGAACAAGCGGCCAUCUUACUGAAACAAGCCAAACUACCACAGAACAACAGCAGCCAGUGCAGGAGAGACGACGGAGCGCUGCCGCGGGUCAUCUGUCCGCAGUGCCGGUUGGGAGUGACGCGGGUGCUGGAUCUUUCCCAUCAGGACAUGAAGAAGGUUCGUCAGCUGGCUCUGAUUGACAUGACGGCGCUCUGUGACCUGCUGGGGCUCGAGGUCAAACGACACAAAACCUGCAAACGGAAAAUCCCUGAGAGCUGUUUGUUCGGCGUUCCCCUCGCCUCACUGGUGGAGAGCGAUCAGAAGAUCAAACCCCACACUCAGAUCCCACUCUUCCUCCAAACACUUCUGUCAUUUCUGGAGAAGAAGGGUCUCGAUUCUGAAGGGAUUCUGCGGGUUCCAGGGUCUCAGUCCAGAAUCAAAGUGCUGCAGCAGAAGCUGGAGAACUCGUUUUACAGCAGUUCGUUCAGCUGGGACGAGGUCAGUCCGAAUGACGCCGCCGCUCUGCUCAAGAAGUUCAUCCGUGAACUCCCGGCGCCGCUGCUGACCGCCGAACACCUCAACACCUUCAGCGCCGUCAGAGAUAUUGCAGACCUGAAGCAGAAGCUGCACAUGUUGAAUCUUCUUGUUUUGCUGCUGCCAGAACCCAACAGAAACACACUGAAGGCGCUGUUGGAGUUCCUCAGUAAGGUGGUCUUAUGCGAGCGGCGUAACCGCAUGAACCUGUGGGCCGUCUCCACCAUCAUGGCUCCGAACCUCUUCCUGCACAAGGCGGUUCCCAGUAAACUAGCGGUGGACGGGCCAGAGAAGGGCCAGGCCGAGCGGGCGGCCGACAUCAUGAGGCUCCUCAUCCGCUACCAGGAUCUGCUGUGGACGGUUCCUAACUUCCUGUUGAGUCAGGUGAGGAAGCUUAACGAGAACAGCAGCCGUCGGUACCAGUUCUACGACAAACGCAUCAAACACCUGCUCAGGAAGAUCCACACGGACAGCAGAGAAAAACCCGACAAGAACUCCGGCGAGCAGUGUCGUACUGUAAAGAUCCAGCUGGGUGACGUGAGUUUCUCGAUGGAGUUUCGUCUCACUAUUAAUUCUCGUGCCUCAGACCUGAUGUCACAGUUUUAUAAAGAACUACACACCUCUGACAACAGUAGAGGACUCCUGAAACGAAAUGGUUCAACAACGUACCCAGACUGUGCCAUCUAUGAAGUGGGUGGAAAUAUCGGUGAACAUUGUUUGGAUCCAGAGACUCAUUUGUUCGACCUGUACAACAACAACCCGGGCGGCGAAUGGAUCAUCAAACUGAGAUCGUCCAGCAGGGGGCAGUAGAGACACACGAGAGGACAGACACCUUGCGCUCCUUCAGAUCUCCGUGGGAGAUCUCUGACCCCUUAAGGAGAACC